AUUGAAACUGUCGCGCUCUCGCGAGUGUUGUGGCGAGUGGGCCGUUCUAAGCAGGUGUGCUUCAUGGCGGUUACGGAGGCUGCGGUAAAUACAUUUUCAGUUAAAGAGACGUAAUUGGCAUUUUUCAGCUACUUUAGCCCAAUGUGUAGCUUAUAAACCAUGUCAAUUGUGUAUUAUAUCCUGUAAACUAAUAAUAUUUGUAUCAAUCUGUGGCAAACGGCUUGCUUCGCGCCUCUGUAAUGAAUGCCUAACGUUAGCUAAUGUGAGCUAGCUCCUUGUUAGCAGGAAACUGCUAUCGUAGCCAGGCCUCGACAUCGUGUUGAGGAUUUAAGACAAUAAAGGAGUUGUGGGUUAUGGGUAUAUCGACUCUUUAAACAUCGCUGGUUAAAACUUUAUCUUUUACCUGUAUUAGGUUUUAGCCUGCUAGCAUUUCGGUUGUGCUAGAGUAAAAUCCGCCAUUAGCGUUGAGGCGUUUAGCCGACAGUGAGCAGAGGAAAGACGGGCAGGUUUCUGUAGACUGCAAUGUAAAAUGAUGCUGGCUGCCUGUUUUUCUUCAUAGUAGUCUGAAGGCAUUUUUUAUUUCCCACUAGAAUUUGUUGAAUUGUUAAAGCUUCCCCGUCAGUCCUCCUCCCCUCGGGGGCUUUCCUGUCUCAGUCUGGUGGACCCAGCGAUUAGCGGGUUGCGUAGGUAAGAAGUUCGUUCGGUCCCACCUGGUCUAAAUCCGGGUGCAUGUUCUACAUAUGCCAUAAACUCAAACUAUUACCUGCAGUGUAUGAUGUGGUGUGACUUUUGAUUGCAAUGAGGAUUUUUUUUAUUCACUUGGAAAUGCAGUUGUGGGUGUACAUGCAGGCAGAUGUUCCGUAAUCCGUCUGUGUUAUCUACGAUCAUUUUAACACGAGUAUUUUUGGAUUACAGGGAGGUGAAGCUCUGACGAUGGAGAAUGGACAGGGCACAGGCUCCAAGCUUGGCCUUCCGCCUCUCACCCCAGAGCAGCAGGAGGCACUUCAGAGGGUAGGUGACCCCCAAUACAAGCCUGUUUUCACACUUGGAAAUUCACUAAAGAAAUGCCUGACUCACAACGGGGGUGUGAACUAAAGGGAUGGGGUCUUGAUGUACAGUCAAACAAAGGCUUUGGAAGUCACCAUUUAAAAGAAUAUGUACAAUAGGGUUGCCAUAUUGGAGUAUUUUUAGUGGUCAAGUAUUAUCAGUUAUUUCAGCAGUUAAGGGGAUAGUCCGGCUUAAAAUGGAUUUAGGGUCAAACACACUGUAACACCGAGUUAGACACCCCGUCGAGAGAUGAACGUUGACAACUGCUUGCUUCUCUAGUUAUACCAAAUUUAGUAACGACUGCACGAUAGCAACAUGCAGUGGUCUGAGGAGCCAUAAACAAACCUCAACCGAAACGCCACUCUAUAGCCACAAAUAAUGCUCAGAACAGCACCUAACUUCAUCAACAGGACAUAUAGGGUCCCAGCCAUAGUACUAGCCACCCAACAUCUUUUUAACUUAAUGAAUUUGUUCAGCAAAGAGACUAAACACAACUCACCCACUCUCUUCCAGCUGCUGCAUGUUUGUAGUGAGACCUUUUAAUUUUCUUUCUUUUUAUUCAGAAAGGCACAACUUCAUCGCAAAUAUCAUGACACACUUACAUUGAUUCAGUCUGGACACAGUAAUGUUGUCCAUACUGCUCUUCUUAAGCUUUUUCCAUGGACCCAAACAAUAACACAAAAACUACAGAACCCGGGAGCACUCCCUUUAUACAAAAAAAUGUAAAAUAAAAUAAAGUACAUAAUAAAAUAAAGUUCACAUACUCAUUCCAUUUGGACCAGAUUUUAUUAUAAUGAUUUAUUUAUUUAUUUUUGCAGGAUUUUUUGCCUUUACUCGUACAAGUUGUGCCACCCCAGUAAAAAAGAUACAUCUGAAAAGCGACACACUGGGUGGAGUUCUGUGUGUGUGUUUGUGAAUACGGCUUUAGAUGGUCAAUCUUAAUAAAAUCCAGCUUUCUGUUUUCAUGUAAACAUACUUUUGUAUAUACCAACGCACAGUCAUGUUGGGAAAAGUACUGCUCCAACAAAACUUUUUUAAGCUGUAAUAUCUUGUUUUCUCCCCCCAGGCAAAGAAGUAUGCCAUGGAACAAAGCAUUAAGAGUGUGUUGGUGAAGCAGACCAUCGCCCAUCAGCAACAGCAGCUCACCAACCUGCAGGUGAGAUGUGUGAAACAUUUGGGCGCUCCAUGAAACAAAAUGUUUGUAAUGCGUGUGUCACCUGUGAGUCCUUAUCCCAAAUAGACUUUAGUCUUUUUAUUUUUUAGUAAGCCAGACUUCUCAUGACUGAGUUGUUGGUUGAGGUAGUCAGGGUUCGUUUUUGUUGUUUUGUCUUAAAUCCCUCCUCCUCCAUUCACUGAAAAAAAAGCAAACUACAGCUGUAGACUGGGUGCCCUUGCUUGUGCUUCUGCUCUUUUUCAGAUGGAGAAGAUCGUCGUGAAAUCUUUGGUUAUCAUGUUCAAUGCUUUGCACUUUAACUGGGGACUUUUUAUGUUUAUUGCUGUGUGGUUAAUUGUAAUUUAGAUAGGGGAGGCAACUCCUCAAACUGUAUGUUGUUUAGAGGGAGUGUCUGAUUAUGGUGUUAGCUUAAGCGCUUUUGUCUAUCUAGCAAAGCAAUGACAAUUUUGAAAAAGCAAAGCUAAGGGAUAUCUAACCUACUUUUCAGCACUUUUUUCAUCUUUACUGUCUUUCAGAUGGCAGCAGUGACAAUGGGCUUUGGAGAUCCUCUCUCACCUUUACAAUCGGUCAAUAGAUUAUUAAAUUUUUUUUCUGUGCGCAUUCCCAAUGGAAAAGGACUGUUACCCUUCUUUUACUGGUUGCUUGGCAACAAUCCCUGCCUUUUAUCUAACCCAAAAAUGCAUAUUUUGUAAGAAACAUGGCUUUCUACUUGUAGUGUACAUGUCGGUAAUCCUUCGUGAAACAAAUCACUGUUGUCCAUCUCUGUAGCUUUUACUUGCUUUCUUGAGUUAAAACGGGAGAUUUUGCUUUAGGACUUGUUCAAUCAAAGCCAAAGCUCUUUGGCUGCUUUUUAAAGGACUUUUAAACAGGUUUAUUACAUGUAAGAAAAGUCACUUCUCUUGGAAAAAUAUGCAUUUGCUUGAUUUAAAAACAGAAAAUUCUUGGCAUGGGAAGAAAGAGGGAUAGCAAUCCCUUUAAUGGACCAAACUGAGAGAACUGCUGAAACAGGAAUCUUUUUGGCCAUCUCAAAGUCAAGUUUUUUUCUGUCAUUGAACAAGUCAACUUUCCAUGAUGUCAUGAAUUAGACACAUGCUAUACUACGUUGAUCAAAGCAAAGCAAAUUAGUGACUAGAUGAUAUUAGCAGAAGCAGACACAGCAUCCCUCCCCUUAGACUUGAGAAGAAAGUUUGAAAUGCUUUCAUCAAGACUUUGUAUGGAUUUCGUUUGAACUCCACGAUUACUUUUGUUACCUUACUUGCAUCCCCGGACUACAGGUCAGUUACUGAAGCCAAAUAUUUGUGAGGGCUGUGCAUGUCAAUCACUUUAGUGUGUUUUCCUCCAUAUGUCUGUACAAAAGUAACAGCAAAGAAAUCAUACUGUAAUUACAAGUGGUGACAUUGAAAUUUUAUAACUGUUAUACAUGUUAGCAUUCUUCACUAUGUUCUGUCCAUUGAUUUCAACCCCAUUAUUACCCUAAUUACCUGUCCAGACCCCCUAACUUGGAAUUGGCCUCUAACUAUUUCUGGGGAAAGCAAGCACAGUAGAAAAUACACAUUCAUAAUUUGUGUGUGUGUGUGUGUUUGUUUUGUUUCCCUGUCUUUUUCUCUCUAAUGCUUAUCAUGUGUUGUUUUCUCCCGGUUGGCAGGUGGCAGCUCAGCGGCAACGUGCUCUAGCCAUCAUGUGUCGGGUGUAUGUGGGCUCCAUUUACUAUGAGCUUGGUGAGGACACCAUCAGACAGGCCUUUGCCCCCUUCGGCCCAAUCAAGAGCAUUGACAUGUCCUGGGAUUCAGUUACAAUGAAACACAAGGUCAGUGUUCAAUGGGGCAAAAAAAAUGAUAUCUCAAUUUAGACAUGUACCAAAUGUUUUCUUUUUUUUAACCUGUUUGUCUCUCUGUGCAGGGAUUUGCUUUUGUGGAGUAUGACGUGCCAGAGGCCGCUCAGCUGGCACUGGAGCAGAUGAACUCAGUCAUGUUGGGGGGACGAAACAUUAAGGUGAGUGAUCUGUAGGUUGACUUUCUCUGAACGUCUUUGUGGGAAUAUCACAACACCGGAAUUUUUAUUUGGAUAUUAUACCAGAAGAAAAAAGUAAAUAUUCAAAACCUAUUUUAAUACCAUGGCAACAAAAAAUGAAUUCCUGGAUACCUCAAAUUUUAACCUGCACAGAGCACUGAGAAAAGUCAGUGAAUACAGACCAACAUUUGGCAAACUUUAAGCAGUAAUGAAAGUAAAAUGAAUUUGAUCUUUUCUAAAUCUGUCAAACCAAUAGAAUAUGUCUUCAGAAAACUUAAUAUUCAUUCAUAACCCAGAGGAGGUCUGAAGUAGUAUACUUUAGGAUACCGGCAUAUAAUACAUAAAAAAGGCAAAAACCUCAUGGGCUAGCGGAAACAUGACUUAAGUUACCAAAAAUUCAAAAUAAAACCAGGGAGCCCUCUGGACAUUGGUGCAGAGGUGUGGGCACAUUUAUGAGUUUUCAAGAUGUAACGGCUGUGAAAUGAUCUGAGAGUAAUAUCUCAUUUUUCAGUUUGACCACACUGUUCAUCUCACCCUCUAAACUUUGUGUCUCGACCACAGCAACUUGCUCCUUUGCUUUCAUUCUCUCACAGCAGCUUCUCAUUGAAAAGUCGAGCGUGGACCUACUGUCAUCGGCUUUGUUGCUUUUUUUAUUGUGGCAACACUCAAAUGUAAAAAUAACGUAUUUUGUAUCAUUUUAAGCACAUAGUAUUUAAAAGUAUGAAAAAUCUUAGGUGUUAGUGUGAAGGGAAAUAAUAUCUGCUUUAUUUCAACAUGCCUUGUCGUGUGUAAAUUAAAAUUUCUUUUGGUGUCCCCCCCAGAGUCGACAUGUUGUAACUAAGUGCCACUUGACUUGUGUAAAUGGUUGUGAAUGAUUAAUUUCUCCCUCUCUCUCUCUUUCUUGUCUUCUCUUGAUUUCCAGGUGCGUCUAUCGUGUGUAUGUCUGGGUGUGUGUUUUGUGUUCUGUCUGUGUGUUUGUGUUUUUGCUUUUAUGAUUUCAUCAAAGCCAUUUUAGCGACCAGGAUGCCCAGCAGCGCACGGUGUCACUCUGUACCUCUGAUGAACUGAUGAUGGGCUGCGCCUGGUUGGUGUUGCUUGGCCGCCUCAUCUGUAGUACAGAUUCCAGAUCGCUCCUAGAUUCUCGUCUUACAGAGGAAGAGGAGUUUGUAUUGCAAGACAGAGGAAGUUGUCAGUGUGCGUAGUGCAGGAUUAGAUUAGACAUGCGUCCCUCUUUCGGUGUUGCCACCGGCUCAGCUAGUCACGUGAAUCUAGCCUUUUUUCAGAAAAGCAUUAAUUUAUUUCAUUAUUUUUUUUUAAGGAUCACUUAGUUUUUUUUUGUUUUUUCAAUAGAUUUUUAUUGGUAAUAAUAAUUGAUAUUUCUCGUAUGAUAUGAAGGUAAAGCUACUAUAUCAACUGUUGAAGAGAGGCUGAGAUCUUUAAUAUUUAGACUCUAAGUGCAAAAGCUGUAGUCAAAUAGGUGUACAUGUUCUGCAGAUUGAUAUCCUAAAGAGACUCUUUUACCUCAUGGCUGGUUUUAGAUUUGUUUUUUAAAAUGAGAAAUCCCCGAAAAGGUUUCAGUUAUCUACAUAAUUCUUAUAUAAGUUUGUAUUUGUACUUGGUGGCAGAUGUAGAGGUGUUGAAAUUGCUAGGAGGAGUGCUCCCUCAGGUCUCAGAAUCAGAUCUUAGGAGAAUAGUAGCAUACUUUACAGGAUAGCUUUGUGUCAUGUUGCAGAAGAAGGGUGGCUUGACUGAACUCGGUGGCUGCUGAAAGUGAGGGCUGCAGGUCCUCAUAGGUUUGUAGAUCAGGGAGUGCGUUCUCGGUGUGUACUGUCAACGCCGUACUCAGUAGUCCUGCUGGUAUUAUCUGUGCUAUAGGUUGGGCGGCCAAGUAACAUCGGUCAGGCGCAACCCAUCAUCGACCAGCUGGCAGAGGAGGCGCGUGCCUUUAACCGAAUCUACGUGGCGUCCGUGCACCCUGACCUGUCAGACGAUGACAUCAAGAGUGUGUUUGAGGCCUUUGGAAGGAUCAAGUCUUGCACGUUAGCCAGAGACCCCACCACAGGGCGACACAGAGGCUUUGGCUUCAUCGGUGAGCUGGAGGGCCCUCAUUCGCUCGUCCUCUCAGUGUUGCCUCUGCUCUGCUACUAAUUAAUAUUUUAUUCACUUCCAGAGUAUGAAAAGCCUCAGUCAGCCCUGGACGCCGUGUCGUCUAUGAACCUCUUUGACCUGGGGGGUCAGUACCUACGAGUGGGCAAAGCAGUGACUCCACCUAUGCCCCUACUGACCCCCACGACCCCUGGUGGUCUGCCGCCUGCCGCAGCUGUAGCUGCGGCGGCAGCCACCGCUAAGAUUACGGCCCAGGCAAGUAUGAAUCCCUUCCAAAGGGAUUUAAUGGCCUUCCAGGUAAAUAUAACCCAGAUCUAGCUAGAAUUGACACCAAAAGCACAGAUAACAUGGGCAUAAAGUUUUAUGUGAGGUGACUGGGAGAAGGCCAGUUCUGUAGGGAUAGUGUAAAAACUGUAGCUGCCCAGACAAAGUGUCAAUCUAUCAGCCCUGAAACAUGAGAGAAUCUGGGCUUUUUAUCUCUUUUAUCCAGUUUAAUGUGUUCAAAAUACAAACCAGAAUCUAAAGGCUGCAUUUUUUCCUGUUUUUUUUUCACUGUACAGUAAUGUGAUCAAUGACUUCUCCUCCCAUUCACUGAUUAGGUGUGUAAGCUAAGAGUGUUCUCUCUUAGCACAAACACACCGACGGCUACUGUGAAGCUGCGAAUGAUUAACCAGACAGUUUUGUUUACCACCGUGAAUUCAGAUUCAAAGUAUCUAUGCCCCGCUAAGGUUACUUGGUAUUAAUUGGUAUGUAUCUUUUAAAAACAGAAGCUUUUGACUUUGAUUCUCACUACAAACAGUCCAGGUUGAGUUCACUCUGUGCCAUGCUGUGUGAUCGUUGACUGUGCUGCCUUGUGCUGUGCUCUGUGUGUUUCCCUUACCUAAUGUCUUCGGCCCCCCUCUCUUAAGGAGGCUGUAGCCGGCGCAUCAGUCCUGGGGGCGUUGGCUGCGCCCCAACUUCUCGGUCAGCAAAUGGGUAUACCUCAGGCUGUUAUGGCUGCCCAGGCACCAGGGGUCAUCACAGGUGUGUACCAAGGCAUGAGUGAGUGCUAUUCUUUAUUUUUCAAACUGUGUGAACAGAGUAUCUUCACUGAGAUGUGCCUGUUAUAUUCAUUAUCGAAUUUAAGUUCUGUUAACCAUUUGAUGAAUAAUACUCAUGCGAAUGUCAUGGAUCAAUCAGCUAAAUUAUAGGUUUACUGUUCACUUCAUAGUUCAUAGUUUUGUGUUAUUUGUAUAGACAUUUGGUUUCAGACAGAUUUAAUGUCGGGUUAAAGGAAAAUAGAAUAAUGUUUUCCUGUUACAUAGACCUGAAGCUGCUCUUUUAGAGUUUUACUGAGAGGGAACUGACCACUCUAAAGAUAAGAUUAGCUGAAAUUGUUUCCCCACUUGGAGAAAUUCACAUGUCAUGACUCCUCUGUUUAUAUUUCCUUGCUUGUGUUUUGUGAGUGUUAUCACUUGUAUAUUAAUCUGGCUGUUUUCCUUACAUAGGUGUGACUCCAGUGCGACCGCCAAUACCAGUGCUUCCCCAGGUGGGUCUUGUUAACCCAGUACUUGCGUCACCGCCGGUCCUGUCCAAUCAAGCUGGUGGUUCAAACCAACAAGAAAAGAAAGAGGAAAAGGAGGAGAUGCUGCAGGACGGUACAGGACAGGAGAUGCUGAGUGACCAAGAGCAUAUGAGCAUCUCUGGCAGCAGUGCCCGACACAUGGUGAUGCAGAAACUGCUCAGAAAAUCAGAGGUGAAGCCUAAAGAAAAAAAAGUAACCUGAAUGAAAGCUCUUAAUUAGUCAUAGUGAUUUUUACUCAUUCAACCCUGCCUAUCCAGUCCACAGUGAUGGUUCUCCGAAACAUGGUGGGACCAGAGGACAUCGACGACGACCUGGAGGGUGAGGUGACAGAAGAGUGCGGCAAGUUCGGCUCCGUCAACAGAGUCAUCAUCUACCAGGAGAAACAAGGCGAAGAGGAGGAUGCAGACAUCAUCGUCAAAAUCUUUGUAGAGUUUUCCAUGGCCUCAGAGAUGAACAAAGCUAUCCAGGCCCUCAACGAUCGCUGGUUCGGAGGUCGCAAAGUCGUCGCAGAGGUGUACGACCAAGACCGUUUCAACAGCAGUGACCUCUCUGCGUAAAAGUGUCUGAAAUGGUUUACCAGCACCCACCCCAUUACCCGUCGGCCAAAACCAUUUCAGCCACAGUCACUGCAGCGAGAAAUGCGGGCCUCUCAAACUUGUAAUUAUGUUUUUAUUUCCUUUUUUUUUAAAUUGCUGUUGAUAUUAAUGUCAAACCCCCCCUUUGGGAGGAUUCAUUACUUAUAUUUACAUGUCAUUUUGCUUUAUCUGUGAAGACUUUUGGUGCAAGUUCCAAAAUUUUGUAAUCCGACUGUAUGAAACAUUUCCUUUUUUUCCUGCUUUGCUUCCUUUUAUUUUUGUCCUUCAUGAAGCUGCCGGGACAUGUAAACACUUUCCUUUGUACGAUUAAAGGUUUUUUGUUUGUCCACAAAAA